CAUGCCUGCGAUAGCUGCUAUCUGUUUCUGCCCCCGGGGCACCAGAUAGACUGGAAAAAAGUUACAAAGGAAAAGGGAGCUCUAUUGUGAGGGCAAAACAAAAUAGCUGAAAUGAAUGGAUGAGACGCAGGGAAAGGAGAAGGGCAGAGGAAGAGAGACAGAAGCGGGAGCGGGACUGAGAAAACAGAGGGGAGAAGGCAAGCGGACCUGCUCAGGAGACUGGUUUGACAGGUUUCUCUCCCUGCCUCGCGAACCGCACACAGAAAGAUUGAACAGAGAGAGAGAGAGAGAGCGUGAAGAACUUCUUGAGAGACCGAGAGAAAGAGAGGAGCUGUUCCUCCAGGUGACUCCGCAAAACCAAAAAAUCUGCGGCCAGAGAGAAAGACAGCCGAGAUGACGGAGGAAGGCGAAUUUUACGGAAAGCACGGGGAACCACGGAAACAUGACCCCACAUUCAAAGGCCCCAUUCACAGCAGGGGCUGCACGGACAUAAUCUGCUGCAUCCUGUUCAUUGUGGCCGUGCUGGGCUACUUUGCGGUGGGAAUUCUGGCAUGGACGCAAGGUGAUCCCCGGAAAGUGAUCUACCCCACGGACAGCAGGGGGCAGUUCUGUGGGCAGGCAGGUACCCCGCAGGAGAAGAAGCCCUUCCUGUUCUACUUUAACAUCAUAAAGUGUGCCAGCCCUCUGGUGCUGUUGGAGCUGCAGUGUCCGACCACACAGAUCUGUGUGGAAAAGUGUCCCAGCAAGUUCAUGACUUUGCUGAAAGUUCAUGCCUUAAAGAAUGAGGACUUUGAGGUCUAUAAGACGUACUGCCAGACGGAUGAAGACAUCUCUAAAAUGAGCGUUACUGAAAUCCUAAAAUUCGACCUGUGUCCUGCUAUGCUGACCCCGAGUAAACCCUUCACCCGUCGCUGUCUGCCUGCUGUCGGGAAACUCAACGGAGCCGUUGUCGUGGGGAACAAGACCUCGUUUGACACUGGGGACGGGAAAACGGUCAAAGCUGACGACCUCCUGGAGGGCGCCAAGAAGUCUAAUGUGGUGGUGGAGGCCCGGCAGGUGGCCAUGAAGAUCUUUGAGGACUACACCCGGUCCUGGCACUGGAUUUUACUUGGCUUGUUGCUGGCCAUGAUCAUCAGUUUGAUCUUCAUCAUCCUCCUCCGCUUCCUGGCUGGGAUCAUGGUGUGGGUCAUGAUCGUCUUGGUCAUCCUGGUCAUUGGAUACGGGAUCUUCCACUGCUACAUGGAGUAUGCCCACCUGAAGGGGGAGCCCGGCGCGGACGUCACCCUGCAGGACCUGGGCUUACAGACAGACUUCUCCGUCUACCUGCAGAUCCGACAGACCUGGCUGGCCUUCCUGAUCAUCCUCUGUAUCGUGGAAGUGAUCAUCAUCCUGCUGCUCAUCUUCCUCAGGAAGCGCAUCCUCGUGGCCAUCGCCCUCCUGAAGGAGGCCAGCAGGGCCAUCGGCUAUGUGAUGUCAUCGCUGUUCUACCCUCUGUUCACCUUUCUCCUCCUGGCGUUGGUGAUUGCGUACUGGGGCAUUACCGCCGUCUUCCUGUCCACCUCGAACGAGGCCGUGUACAAAGUGUUCAACAAGACCGACUGCAAGUACUCCUACAACACCUGUAACCCUGAGAAUUUCUCUACGAGCACGGAGAAGGCGGAGUGUCCGGACGCCCGGUGCAUGUUCGCUUUCUACGGCGGCGAGUCGUACUACCACAAGUACCUGAUCGCCCUGCAGUUCUACAACGUCUUCCUGUUCUUCUGGUGCGCCAACUUCGUGACGGCGCUGGGUCAGAUGACCCUGGCGGGCGCCUUUGCCUCGUACUACUGGGCCUAUAAGAAGCCCGACGACAUGCCCGCCUUCCCCGUGUUCGCCUCGCUCGGACGCGCGCUCAGGUACCACACGGGCACCCUGGCCUUCGGGUCUCUCCUCUUGGCUCUGGUCCAGACUAUCAGGGUCCUGCUGGAGUAUGUGGACCACAAGAUGAAAGGGACCCACAAUAAAUGCACCAAAUUCCUGAUGUGCUGCUUGAAGUGCUGUUUCUGGUGCCUGGAGAAAUUCAUCAAGUUCCUCAACAGAAACGCCUACAUCAUGGUGGCGAUAUACGGCAAAAACUUCUGCACCUCGGCCAGGGAUGCCUUCUUCCUCCUGAUGAGGAACCUGAUCAGGGUGGCAGUGUUGGACAAGGUCACAGACUUCCUCCUGUUCCUGGGGAAGCUGCUUAUUGUGGGCUCUGUGGGAAUCUUUGCCUUCUUCUUCUUCUCUGGGAGGAUACGGGCGAUCCAGGAGACGGCCCCCACCCUCAACUACUACUGGGUCCCCAUCCUGACCGUGGUGGUGGGGUCCUACCUCAUCGCUCACGGCUUCUUCAGCGUCUACGCCAUGUGUGUGGACACACUCUUCCUCUGCUUCUUGGAGGACCUGGAGAGGAAUGAUGGCAGUGCAGAGAGGCCUUAUCUGAUGCCUGAGAAUCUGCUCAAAAUUCUGAAGAAGAAGAAUGACCCCACUCUGGCACAGCAGUCCUAACUGCCAAGGGGUGGGGCCAGCAGCAGGGGGCGGGGCCAUCAAGAGUGGGCGGUGCUCCCUGCUGGAGCUCAGAACCUGCCCCAAUUGGCUGCCUUGUUUUUAUAUAUUGGAGUAUGUGAAAUUCAACCAGGGGUUUCACUCAAGUCACCAGCAUGGUGCCUGACUGGACAUUUUUAAAAGCCAUUGGCAGUUUUUUUAAGGAUAACGUUAUCACUAUUUCGCAAGUGCCUUCUUAAUGGAACAUUAAACUACCAACGAUGUAAGAGGUGUCGCUGCUUUAAAGUAACGUUUUUUUGUUUUUUUUUCCUCACGGGUAGUUUGUGUUAUGGGCUGACAGUUUUUUUUUAAAAAAGUGUUACUGUGGCGUCUCAUCAGGGAACACCAUACCCCCUUCCAGCAAGAUGAAGCGGUCGCUACCAAACGAUGAUUACUGAAAAUGCACCCCGUUUUAAAACUCUGUCCCACGUCUACGGGAUCGAUACCCUUUCUGCCUUCGUUUUCUGUGGAGCGUGUAACACGAAAAGCACAAGACAGGUUUUCGUUUGUAAUUUUUCUUUCGAUGAUGAAUUAAUGAAAUGUGGUUGUCCAAGCUGAAGAACUGUUAAGUGAUAUAUGGGGUUUAUUUGAGAUAUAAAUGCUAAAUUGUGAUCAGUUCCAGUGUUGCGCGUUGGCAUUGCCUGAGAUGUGUGUGUUCAUGACGUUACCAAAGUUCCCGUGUAGAGACUCAAUUAUGCAGUGCGGUGGAGCUGCCAUUUCUGGAGUGUCAUUGAGUUUUUUUUUUUUUGUGGUGCUGAUGCACGUGCCUUAGGAUUUGAUAUUGAGACAAAAAUACUUGGUUUCCAUUUUUAAAACUGAAAAAUAAAUACUUUUCUACAUA